AUGUUUGACCUGGACGUCGACGUUGUUCAUGGGCUUUACCUCUCAGGCAAUUUCCAAAUUGAACGCAAGCUUCUGGAGCAACCGGGGGACCACCCCGACCAACAAUCAUACUCCUUAUGGAUCAGUUUUCACAGUGACAAACGUGACAAUUUCAAUUUUUAUGACAUCCGUGCCACAACACAGCACGACAGCUCCUUCGAUUUCGUCCCCCACCGUAUCUACUUCCUGCGCGGCGCAUUCUUUCCUACUAAUACCUCAGCCACUGAGCGCGACAAGCUUUUCUUUGAAGGGUUGGAUACUGCUGUCAUUGGAGACCAUGCUACAUUUGUGAACAGCCUUGCUGAUGGUGUUGGGCUUACUGGGCUCGGCCGCGUCAUUUCAAUUGAGUUGGUUGUCGAAGCUUCAGUUCAAUACAACCAGGAAAUCACAGACCCAGAGAAACCUACUCUUCACCUAUCGGUUCAACACCGCGACUACCAUCCCAAAACCAACAUUGCUCAAUCGAUGAUUGUUGAAUAUCGUGUCCCUCCCCACCCCCACCUGGUACAUUUUCACCAAGCUAUUCAAGUAGGCACCGAGUGCCAGUUCCAUGGUCAUAUCAAAGAUUUCAAUGAACUCACCCGCUGCUACAUUGUAAUUGUCAAUCGAGUCGAUAUCACAUCUCGAAAGCCCGCGCCUGCUUCUCAGGUUGCUUUUACGCAAGUGCAGGCAACGCUUCCUGCGUGCGACGACCUCAGUCUUCCCAGGGAAAUUCGAACCUCGUCCAAAAUCGCACUCCAUUCCCCUGCGACUUAUGUUUGGGGAGGUUCUGUCGUCACAGUCCACAGCUCUGACCAAAUCCAUACACCAACAUCAAGCACUUCGGUAUCGUCGGUCGAGCAAGACUCUAGCCCUUCUACGUCGCAUCCGCGUAAACAGGUGGCUCGGAAGCCAACAGCCAAAGUGAACCCGAAGGCCAAGACUUUUAACCUGAUUGAUGAACAAUGA